GUGCAGUCAUCAAUUCCAAGAACCAAUUCUCACUCUCUGCACUGUUGUACCGGCAACCAAAGAACAAUUAAAAUCUCCGAUUCCGAAGAAAAAAAGCUUAUAAUAAAUGCACUUCCCAAGGAAGUGUUCUCUGGCUUCCAUUUGCUUCUGUAAACCAAAAAUCUUGAAAAAACCCUAAAUUAAGAAUAAUGGAUCAACAGGAGAAGAUUGUUUUAUUGGAAGACCGAAUACCUCAAUCAAACAGCAAUCUGUCUCAAAAAAUAAAGGAGUUUAAUGAGUUUUACUCAUCUCAGAGAAUGGAAUUGAAACUAGGAAUUGAUAUCCAAACACUUGAAGAAACAAAGAAGAAAUUGACAAGUGAAAUUGAUUUCCUACACAGACUCAAGUCUCAAGAAAUUGGAUUUCUGUACAAAGAAAAGCUUGAUCUGUCUGAAGAAAUUGAAUCUGUAUACAAAGAAAAGCUUGAUCUGGAACGUGAUGUGAAAUUACUCAAGAAACAACAGGAGAAAUUGGGGAGGAGUAAAAUCAAUCUCCUUUCUCAAAAGGUAGAGAAGGCUAUUCUUAAGAAAAAGAAGUUGAAAAUUGGAAAAGAUAUCAAGUUACUCAUGAAGAAGAAGAUUAAAUUUGGGAGUGAUGUUGAAUCACUUAAUAAUCAGAAGAUUAUACUCGGUAACGAUAUGGAUUUACUCGAUAGAGAGAAGACGAGAAUAGGAAGUGAAUUUGAAUUGAUUAGCAGAGAGAAGGAUGCAAUGGCAAGGGAUGUUGAGUUGCUGAACAAAGAGAAGCUUGUCUUAGCAAGUGACAAGACUAAAUUGGGAACUGAUGUUGAGUUACUUAACAAGGAGAAGGCGAAAUUGCAAAGUGAAGUUGAAUCGCUUAGCGAUGAGAAGACUAAAUUGGGAAAUGAGACUGUGUUGCUCAACAAGGAGAAGAUGAAAGUGCAAAGUGAUGCUGAAUUUCUCAAUCAAGAGAAAUCUACAGUGCAACGUGAUAUUUGUUCGUUGAAUGAAAAGAAGACUAUCCUGGAACAUGAAAUUGAGUCGCUUAGCAAUCAGAAGACUAGCCUGGGAAUGGAGAAUGAGUUUCUCAACAAGGAGAAGACUAAAUUGGUAACUCAAACAAAAUUUCUGAACAGGGAGAAGAUGGAACUGCGAAGUGAAUUUCACAACCAAGAUAAAACUAAUUCGAGGAGGAGUAAAGUCAGUCUCAUUUCUCAAAAGGUAGACAAGGCUAUUCUUAAAAAAAAGAAGUUGAAAAUCGGAAGAGAUGUCGAAUUACUCAGCAAGAGGAAGACUAAAUGCGUGUGUGAUAUUGAAUCACUAAACAAUGAGAAGUCUAUACUCAGAAAGGAUAUCGUAUUACUCGAUAAAGAAAAGACAAGAAUUAGAAGUGAAUUUGAACUUCUGAACAGCGAGAAAGCUAUAAUGGAAAGUGUUGUUGAGUUACUUAACAAGGAGAAGCUUGUCUUAGCGAGUGAGAAGACUGAACUGCAAACUGAUGUUGAGAUACUUAAUAAGGAGAAGGCGGAAUUGCGAAGUGAUAAGGAUAGAUUGUGAAGUGAAACUGAAUCGCUUAGCAAUGA